GCGAAACGUAUCACGUGAUUUACGAUUUACCCAAUUAGCUUCUUUUAAACAGUAUUUUAUGUAUUCUUUCAAAGGUAACAUUGUUGUGUGUAAAAUUUAAUUGACUAACAUUUAAUAACAAUAGUGUUUAGACAAGAAUCUUUCUAAGAACAAAUGGACUUGGACAUUUCUUAUAUUGAGCCUUUACUUGACGAAUGGUUAGAAGAACUUCAAUUAAUCAUUAAAGUACAAGAAAAAUUAAUCAAGUCUACGGACGAAUUUUAUAUGCCAUAUAUAGCUGUACCAAUUCCUAUUGUCAAUGCAAUAUAUAAAAUAACAGAGUAUCUUCAUUUAGAACGAGAUAUUAGAUAUAUUACUAUUCACUUAUAUGAUAAAUUUAUGUGCAACUAUUUCUGGGAAAUGUAUAAAAAAACUGAUGGCACGCAAAGUUCUUGGUCACAAAUUUGUAAAAGCAUAUCAAGUCAUUCAAUAUUGUAUCUCAUGUCCUGCUUACAAUUGGCAUAUAAAAUGAAUUCACAUUUAAACAACUUGAAAAUACCGCAAGUACUUGGUAUUUUACAACGCCUAGAUAAAAAAUCUGUAUAUACACGCAAGAUAAUUGUUUCAUCAGAAUUUAAGGUAUUUAAAACUAUUGGAUUCAGAAUGCCACUUUAUACUCCGUUAAAUUGCAUAGAAAUUCUACUGGCUGCAACAGGCCUGAAGGACACUCCAAGGAUGCAAGAACUUACUAUAGAUUUAUUGGAUUUAUUUUAUCUGCAGAGAAAGAAAUUAUACUCCCAUUUGCAAUGUUUAAUCCAAGGAUAUAUUGCAAGAACUAUAGAAGAGAAGAGGAGUCUUAUGGCAUUAGAAUCAAAUGUAUUAUUUUUAGGAGCUUCUGUAAUUCUUUGUGGGACAUUUUUCUUAUAUGUAAAGAGUGAAACGAUAGACGUUAUUGCUAUAAAAUUAUCACAGUUGGUAGAUAUAAAAGUUAAUAAUAUUUGGGAUAUGGCUAAUAUUCUUCUCACAAUGGCAAUUCAAGAAUAA